AUGAUGGAGCACUGGCUUUUAUCGACCUUUAUCUUGGCUCAAAUAGUUAUACGGUCUACUACUGUCCUCGCCGCGCUGGCUGCUGGGCCAGACAGGCGACAUCAGGCCUUCCAUAUGUACGGAACCUUCACAGGUUCAGAGUUGCGGCGUCGGCGUCGCGAGGCUGCCGGCGAUAAGGAUGAAUUUCCGUGGCAGAUGUUCGGCCUCUUUGUUGUCAUCUUGGGUGCUUAUGCAGUUGCCCUGUAUGGCUGCUGGGAUGUGGCAUCUCGACUGGAUGUGCUGGCAGAGAGGUCUGGAAAUGUGAUGAACCUCACGGGCAAAGCGACAGGAAUGGUCGAGACUGAGAUCAAUCGCACACUCUACGAGGGAGAUCGUGCCAUGGUAAGAGGGCUGAAUCUGCUGCAGCAGGAGGCGGAGCAUGCUAAAGAGGAAUCUUCAAGACUGGAGCAGGCUCUGAAAGAGCUUCUUAUAAAGACUGCGGAAAUGAAGAGUGCUGGCGGUGACUACGAGCACGCAAUGUACUUGCUCGCUGCACAGGAGUUGCGAUUGGACCAGAUGCGACAAGGACUGAAGGCUGUGGCAUACCCUGCAGAAGGCAAAGACUUUCUAGACUCGCUCGGAAGCAUGCUAUCCGUGGUGUUCCCCCUCGCAGACCUGCUGCCUGGCCACCAGGUCGCUUAUCUGAGCAUCAAGAGCGGUGCGGACAAGCUCGCUGAUCUUCAAAGCGAGUUCGCGAAGACCAGGAGCAUGUUGGCCUCCUUAGAUGACUCAGUGGACGAGAUGGAUCAGCGAUGUCGCGACUUUGUGUCCAGUGUGCAUAUUCUGGCCUCCAAAAGCAUGGCUCCUAACUACCAACAAUCGGUCACGGAAUCACUGGGGAAUAUGUCCGGCAGUGCCACAAUGACAAACUUCACUACCUUCGAGAAGUCUGAAAACAUGGAGAAGCUGCGGCAGAUGGACCUGGUCCGAAGCUUUGACCAAUUUGGAGAGACCGAGAAGAAGGACAUAUUGCGUGAUGCCGCUCGUGUUCACGAGGUGACGGUGAACCUGACCGGCACAGUCCAGGCGAGAGCAGCAGAGCUCUUGGACGAGGUGCUGGUUAUGCUGCGGAUGACAUCCAAACGAAUGCAGGCAGAUCUUGAUUCAGUGCAGAGCUAUGCCUUCACGGUGGCCAUUCUUACCGAGCGGGCCGUGAAAGACAUCGCAGACUUCUACCGCUGGACUGCCAUGUUUUUGGUGGCCUUGGCUGUUGGAAUGGCACUGGUGGCGUUCAGCUACGCCUGUUAUCUAGAGUACGUUUAUGAGAACAACGGAAUUGCACGAGCCUUUGAGUCUGAUCCAGCAGCAAGGAAGGGUUGCUGCUGGAGCUGUGUGAAUUGUGUGGGACAUGUCUUCCACUACACAGGCUUCUUCUCGCUCGUUCUGUUGCAGGAUGCCGUCUCUCUGGGCAUGGUUUUCAUGACCUUGAUCAUGGGCACGGUCAGCCUCGCCCAAGUAGGCGUGGCCAAUGGCUGCGAUGGAGUACCGCUUCUAUCAGAGGAUGCAUCGUGCACUGCCAGCAUGCAGAACGUGAGUGCCUUUGUUGCAGCAGACGUGCUCUACCCGGCGACGUCCUGCAGUCAGGCGAACGUCUUAAUCUGCGAGAGCCUACUCACUGACAUGUCGCUCGUCUACCGAACCCUGUUGGCCGCAGUCAUCGGCACAGUGGUGUCGUGCUGCAUUCCACGUCGCCUGCUGGUGGUCUGGAUGUCGGCGCAUCACAGCAUUCAAACUGCUGAGGUUCUGGCAGAUCUCGAAAGAAAUGCCAAAUCAGUCGCAAAGCCAGCAGAAACAGCUUGA